GACUCUAUCAGCUCACUGUUUCCCUUCAGAUCGGCUGCUUUCACUGGACACUUAAAGCUUUUUACAGUUGGUCUUUAUCUUUGAAUGCUGAUUUGGCGUCCAAGAAAAUAACAUCACCAAAGGGCGAUGAACUCAAACUGCGUUGUGUCGCGAGCAUAGACUGCUCUCUUCUGCCGGGAAACAACGCAGGACGAUGGACGUCACGUGUUUCUGAACUAACCCUGUUAACCAAAGGAAACUGAAGCGAGCCGGAGAGGGAAGAGUUAACCAGUCAGACUCACUGAAGGUUGCUGAAGGGUCAGAGGUCAGAGGUCAGAGGUCAUCAUGCAGAGUAUAAAGUGUGUGGUCGUGGGUGACGGUGCCGUGGGGAAGACCUGCCUCCUCAUUUCCUACACGACCGGAGCGUUCCCCAAAGAGUACAUCCCCACCGUGUUCGACAACUACAGUAGCCAGAUAACGGUGGACAACAGGACCAUCAGUCUGAACCUGUGGGACACGGCGGGUCAGGAGGAGUACGACCGGCUGAGGACGUUGUCCUACCCGCAGACCAACGUCUUCAUCAUCUGCUUCUCCAUCUCGAGCCCCGCCUCCUACGAGAACGUCAAACACAAGUGGCAUCCAGAGGUGUCUCAUCACUGUCCCGGCACUCCCAUCCUCCUGGUCGGCACAAAGAGCGACCUCCGGAACGACGCCGAGACUCAGAGGAAGCUGAAGGAGCAGAACCAGGCGCCCGUCACCCACCAGCAGGGCGCCGCCCUCGCCCGCCAGAUCCACGCCGUGCGCUACCUGGAGUGUUCGGCCCUCAACCAGGACGGCAUAAAGGACGUGUUCGCUGAGUCCGUAAGGGCGUACCUCAACCCGCAGCCAACCGUCACCAAGAGGGCCUGCGUCCUGCUGUAAGGACCGAGCCUUCGACCGAGCCUUCGACCGCCACAGCCCCGGGAACACCGACGGGUUUCAGUGGCGCUCAUUACUGCCUGAGAGACUGUUUGGAAAAUCUAUGAUAAAAAUGUGUUUUUUUUAUGUUUGCUUAGAGUUUUAUCUUUGAAAAGAUAGUUUUGGGCUUUUAUUUUUUAAAUUACGGGGGAAGUUACGGGGCUUAUGGGCCUUUCACACAGAACACGGUUUGCACUCGCCAACACAUCACGGUGCGCCGAACCCAAAUUAGUUUUAACUUUGACCACAACGCAUCGACUCACCGAUGUAUCGCGUUUUUAUUUGUACAAUUUUGAAAUAGAUGUUUUAAUAACAGAAUCAAUAUAUCUGCUUCAUCUGAGUCUAUGUGGAGGUAGAAGGAAGUUAACGCUUUUAUUGUGGUAGUUUGAGUAACGUGACGUCAUAUCCGU